UUGAUGCGCCCUACGGGGCUGAUGGGAAAUGUAGUCCCUUCUAAAACUGCCAGCUGUGGCCUGUCCUGCACGUGCAUGUGCAGCACAGAUGUCGCUCAAAGUGGAUGCACUUCUCACAGAUCCUCUCAGACUCGUGUGGGAUGUAGCAUUAGUCACAUCUGCAGGUUUUCUCUGCAGCUACACGUCACUGACCUGCAGACACUGUGGCAGCAGUGUUGUGCGGUGUGACAGCGCCCCCAGCGGACCCACACCUGGACUGCAGAUAGAUUCAUCUCUCUACAUGUUUGUUUGCCAUGUGCCAGCAGGUAAAUUACAUGUGCGACACGUGUCUCCAGCUAACAGGUCAAACUGUGGCUUUUCAUGGCCUGAGUUUCACGUUCAAGCUCAACCCUGCACGUUCUACUGGAUCUGUAGUGGCAGCACUGAGUUCGACUCUCCUGCUCCUCCUGCUGGAGCCCUGGACACCAUCCUCAGCUCUGGUUACCAAGGCAACAGCUGAUUUCAGUGGAGUCAGGAUUUGGAACGCAUCUCUCGGUAAACAGCGCCUGUUGGAGAUGAACGCACCACCUCUGCCGUAAAACACGUCGACCACCACACUGCAGCAGAGCACGGACACAGCAUCAGGCCUGUGAGCAGCACACACAGUCAGCUGCUCAUGCUCAGUGAUCUCCAUGGCUUCUGCUGCUGAUGAGCCGGACCCGCUCCAAAUGCGCCAAACGCAGUCUGUGAGAGACGGAGGGCAUUGGAUGCUGCGUCCGCGUGGACCGGGAUUAUUUUGGUGAGGAUCUCUCUCUCUCUCUCUCUCUCUCUCUCUGUAGCGCGCUCUCCUCCACCCUGCAUCCAGACACGGACUGAGCUAGACGGGAACCAUCUGUGUGCAGCGACACUGUAAACAGACGAGGAGCCGUUUUCAUGAAAGACAACGUCUCUGCUGCUGCUGGCUGGAGGAAGCCUUCAAUCAGCAAUGCCUGGGAACCCACCAGCUGCUCCUCCAUGCUGUUUUCUGAGAAUGGAAUUGUAGUAGACCUCUCCAGGAUUUAGAUCAACUGCUAGCAUGUUGCAGCCUUCCACCAGAGCAGGUGACAGCCUGUUGGAAACGUUACCUCACUGGAGUAAGCGAUCGAAAUGGGUCCCCUUUCUCACCCUCUGCGUGGCUCUUCUCUGGCCUCCGGGGGCAGAGGCAUCAACCCUAAACUGCCAUAACACGUGCAUCUGCGCCUCGAACAUAGUCAGCUGCUCCAAGAUGAAUCUGACCACUGUCCCCAUUGGCAUACCGCACUACACUGGAGUGCUGGAUCUCAGCUACAAUGAGAUUGAACGGCUGCGAUCCGAGUGGACCACAGUCAAGCUCACAAAGCUCCACAACCUCCUUCUCAGCCACAACGGCCUCCACUUCUUGUCCUCAGAGGCAUUUGUGUAUGUGAAGAACCUGCGCUACUUGGACCUGUCCUCCAACAACUUGCGGCAGCUGGAUGAGUUCAUCUUUGAGCCCUUGGUCAACCUGGAGGUCCUCCUGCUGUACCAUAACCAAAUUUCCCAGAUUGACCGUGCAGCCUUUGCUGGCAUGAUCAACCUUCAGAAGCUCUACCUUAGCCAGAACCAAAUCUCCCGAUUCCCCUUGGAGCUGGUGAAGGAGAAGUCCCGUCUGGAGAAACUUAGCCUCCUGGACGUGUCCUCCAACAAGAUCAAGAUGUUGGCCAUUGAUGAGCUCCAGGUGCUGCCUGCUUGGAUUAGAAAUGGCCUCUACUUCCACAAUAACCCUCUGCUCUGUCACUGUGAUCUGUACACACUCCUAGCACAUUGGUACCUUCGAAAACUCAACUCCGCUGUGGACUUCAAAGAUGACUACACGUGUAUUCUGCCUGGACUGCAAAAAACAAAAGUAGGUGUUUUUGACCUCAGCGGCGACAAUAUGAACUGCAGCACAUUCAAGGAGGCAGAUGAAGAGGCUUUCCUGGAGCAAACGCUCACCCUGGGCUGUGACACAAAACACAGAGACAUGUUAAAGACCUGGACAAUGCCCGGCAAUGUGCCGAUGUCACCUGGAAGCAACCUGACAGCCAAAGUCUUGCAGGAUGGACGUCUGCAGAUUAGUCCGGUAAGGUCUGAGGACGCUGGGACCUACACAUGCUUUGCAACCAGCGAGGCCUUCAACGAGACGAUCUAUGUGGUGCUAAAGGUUCACAACUUCACCAUGCAUGGGGGCGGUGAGACCCUGAACACAGCAUAUACCACCUUGGUGGGCUGCCUGGCAAGUGUAGUGCUGGUGCUCAUGUACCUUUACCUGACGCCUUGUCGCUGCUUCUGCUGCCCCAACAAGGGUAAGACUCGGGGUGAGGACAGCAUCCACUCCUCCAUGCUCAGUGUGACACCGACCCAUGAGGACCCAGAACUCAAAGCUGAGCUGAACAGGCACGUGGCAUUCAUAGACUCAAAGGACUUGCAGGGCCAGAACGGAAAGCUGAACCCCAACGGGAAUGACGACGGCGAUGAUCUGGAUGCAGAGGCUGGUUCUCUAAUGAAGGGGAAGAGGAAGAAGUCGGUAGCAGAGUCUAUUAGCUCCGUCUUUUCAGACACUCCCAUGGUGGUCUGAGACGAAGAGGCGGAUUCCACUUGACUGGAUGUAUAUGGUACAACAUGAGCCAUGUUUUAGUUAUUGUAAACUGUGACUAACCUUGUGGAAGAAAACAGACCAUGGGUGUUAAUCUGUAGUUGCUGACAAGUGGAAAUGAGGAUCUCAAAGGGAGUAAAAAACAAACUGUCCUGUGGUUGACAGUGAGGACAAUAAGCAGGACUUUUCCAGCAUUUCAAUCUGUAGCACUUAAUAUUCAUACUGUGAAGGAACGGCAGUGUGCACGGUCACGUCAACUACUGAAGUCUUAUGAGAAUAAAAGGUAGAUAUGUGGUUUAUGAGCACUCAGGAAGUGAUACAUUCAAUUCAAGUGAGGGAAAUGCGUCCGAUACAUGCACAGAUUGAAAUGAGCUCACAUAUCGUAUAUAUAUAUUGAAACCAUGGCUGGCUCAUAAUCUUAUUUAUUACUAGAAUAGAGAAUCUUACCUAAACAGUAGGACAUAGGCACAUUUACCCCUUCUCGACAGACGCAGAGACACAGACUUAGAUAGAGGGCUGCCACUAGGCUACAAAAAUUUGUGUAAUUAACCUUGAGACACCUAUAGAAAAACAGCAUGCCAUAAACCCACAUUAUAUUUAUUUUUACUAAGGAGGCAGUGGCACAAACAUAUUAUCAGGCCAGCCUAGGUCAUUGUCAUCUUAGUUGUAUAAUUCCUCAGACUGAUCUGUACUCAUAGUCAUAUAGUGUUAGAGGAGAGAGCUCUUUUUUCCUUUGCUAUAUUAAAAGAGAUCAGUUAAUAAAUACGGUAUGCCAUUCAAUUAUUAAAUGAAUAGUGUAUCAAAAUAAAAGCCUCUUAGCUACCUGCAUAUCCACAGUAUAAACCCAAAUAUACUACUGAAGCCUUACACAGUUAAAAUAGAUGGAGCACCUCCAGCAGAUACACGUUGGGUGCAGGGACGUAGUUAAUCGUGACUGAUUAUCAACAUAUUGUCUCAAUUUUGUACACAGACAUGCACCAUAGUCCCUACAAGGACAGAUAGACGUUUUGUUUGUUGUGCACUGAGGUGCCCCCGACUCUACUGCAGAGUUUAACACCUCCUCUCGGCCAAGUUGCAGCAUUUGUCUCUCUCCGUCACACUCGCAGGAAGUUACGCUCGUGCUAACAGCUAGCAGCUCAUUUCAUUCUUUCUGGUAUGUGCACCUUACACAAGACAGGGAUAUAUUUUAAUGUACAUUCUUCAAAAACAAAACACAAACAUUGGUGAACUCAUUCAUUACGUCAUGAAGUAUGCCGGAGGUUUGAGUGUUUGUUCUUGCUGAGAUGGGACAUUCACACUGAUUUGAAAUGUAGCUGCUUCGCUCUGUGGUUGGUAGAAAACGAUGUGCGUAGUAUUAGCAGGUAAACAUUAGAGACACAUUGUACAACCAACAGGUUUCUUUCGACAAGGGAACAAAGAUUAAACAGUUUGCUGACAGGAAACGUUAUAACACAAGGGACUCUGCGGUUUUAUCCUUCGAAGGAGUCCCCUCAUCUCAACAGUUAUUGAAUCUACGGUGAAUUUAAUUUAGCAGACACAUUGUAUGCUAUGCAUACUUGAUUAAAAUACAGGAAGACUGUGUCUUGGCAUAAACAAGCAAAGAGUGAUUUCAUGAGUGUUUGGCAUUUGUGUCAGGGUAGAACAAGGCGAGCCCCCUGUAGAUGCUAAUUGCAUCUUUUGAUGGGAUGCAGCUUCCCUCUGCUUUCCACGUCUUUGUCUCUCCGAGCAUGAGAAGAAAAGGUGUGUUAUCAUGAGUCACAGCAGCACAAAGCCAUUCUCUGUUGCUCCCUGUGUGCUGACGGCCUCCAUUCAGAACAGAUAGGUUUUCUCUUUUGUUUGUGCACCUCUCUCAUUAUGAGGCUGCCCUUGCACAAGUUCAAAAGCAAUCAUUCAGCCGGGCCAUGAACGUGAUGCCUUUGAAGUAGUUUGUAGUUUGUUGAUGAUUGAAACGCCUGCAGCAGUCGCUCUCUCAUUCAAUCAUACAAUUGGAAGGUACAGUUAUAUACUGAGUUUUCCACUUUAUACUGUAUAUGAACGGAUAAUAAAAUAAAUGACAUACAUCUUUUAAAUAGGAAUGUCAAUUUAGCUCUCCUAAUGUUGGGAUGCACACAGUUAUUGGUGGAAUAUUUACAGUUGCCGUGUUCACCGCAGCAUCUCCUGUGUGGGUGAGAAAAGGAAGUCACACUCCGAGUGGUGUGUGAAUCAUUCCACACUCUCACACAUGAGAAUACCAGGUGGAGAUUUAUAAAGCAGCAAACAUACCACAAGAUACACUUUUAAAACACGCAUACACAUGCAGACUGGCUGCAUUUGCGGAACAAUCUGCCCAAUUUUAAGGGAUCCAGGCUCUGUAUGUUUUGCCCUCUGAAUUUUAAAAGGUGUGCCAUCCCCUGCUCAUCCAUAGAGCGAUCAAACUAAAACCUGAGAACUCAGUGAGAGAAUCUGAAAUUGCUAAAAAAAAAACUGAACUUACACUCAGACAUUUUGGCUGUUGAAUAGCAAACAUCAGAGUGCCAGACCAUGAAGGCAUGUCAUGUGUUCGCCCUGCAGCAACGCAGCCAGUCCAGUCAAAUCUGCCGUGGCUAAUGGGUGUUCUGUGGGUUGUCAGUAAAAUUACAAGUUGCGGUUAUGUACGGAGAAAAACAAAGUGCUGCUGCUCAUGAGGAUCCUAAUGUUGUUCCCUCCAAAGCAAAUCUGCCUUCCUAUAUAUAUCUAUAUAUACAGUAUAUAUACAUGUAUUAAGACUCACUUCUCUGUGCUCAGUAUUGAUUAGCUGUGUACUGUUAUGUUCUACCAGUGUACUGACUGUAUUCUUGUGUAAUCCAAUGUAUCAUUUUGCAUUUUGUCUGCCACAGUGCUACUGUUAGUUGUUUCGGAUUUCAUGUCUUGACAUACAUGUUUAUUUUCUAAGCAGGGGUGGGGGGUUAGUUUUUUAUUGAAAGAUAAUUAUUUUACACUGGACUCUGCUGAAGACUGUGGUUAAACUGAAACAAAAAAUUGCUAUGGAAGGAAGCCGGCUGUGAAAUCACGAUCUAAAGCCAGGAGGGGUUUGCGGGGAAAGCAUGGGGCUUUAUAGAAAGGUGAUGUAGGGAGUUAUAGGGGGAGAAGUGAGUUCUCCAUCAGACACUUCAUGACGAUUAUAGCAACAACUUUGUAUCUAUGAGAAAAGUCAAAGAAUUGAAAAUUAAGUAAAAAGUCAGGGAUUUAAUUCAUAUUUAAAAUGACAGAUCAGAGGGUAAAUAAAUCUCAGGAAUAUCCCAGUUUAAAGUUCUAAUGUAAAUGAUGAUCAUUUUAAAAGGUUUCACAUUUGCAGCAACACGGAGACAAAAUGUUUGAUUUUUAGAGCAGAUCAUAAGCCCUUUGCUAUUUGUAGCAACGGCACUUAAACCGUUCCUUGAAAUCACCAGUCCUGAAGAAGGGAGCGGCCUCUCCCUGCCCGACUCCCUUCUAUCUCCAUUCAUCUCACUAUUUAGUAGCAAUUACUGUAACAUCCUUGAGAUGGUGGAACUAAAAGCUCUUUUCUUCUACAAUGUGAUACUUUGAGUGUCCGUGGGACAAGAAUGGAGCUUUUAACAGCCUUAUCAGCACUGAGUUUAUUGACCACUGCUUCAAAUACGAUCCAGUUGGUCACUGCCAUAAAAUCUUGAUAGGUCUUUGCAGCUAAUGGAAUGGCUUUGCAUGGUAAGAGCGUCUCUGACUGAGGAUAGGUGCAACCUAGUAGGAAUUUAAGAAUACUGAUAUAUCAUUUGACUCUA